CCGGCAGCAGCCUGCCCUGGCGACCGCGCUGUGCUCCCACACCCCUGCCGCCUCCGAUUACGAACUCUCCCUUGACCUAAAGAAUAAACAGAUUGAAAUGCUAGAACAUAAGUACGGGGGUCACCUGGUGUCCCGGCGCGCCGCUUGCACCAUCCAAACCGCCUUCCGCCAAUACCAGCUCAGCAAGAACUUUGAGAAAAUCCGCAACUCGCUUCUGGAGAGCCGCCUGCCACGGCGGAUCUCCCUGCGCAAGGUGCGCGCACCCACGGCCGAGAGCCUUGCGGCCGAGAAAGCGCUCAUGGAGGGCUACGGCCUCAUGGGGCUGCCGCUGGUGCGCGCGCCCUCCCUGCCGCCCACCUUCGCGGGCACCCUCACCGAGCUGGAGGACUCCUUCACCGAGCAGGUGCAGUCCCUGGCCAAGUCCAUCGACGACGCGCUCAGCACUUGGAGCCUCAAGACCAUGUGCUCCCUGCAGGAGACCGGCGCCUACCAGCUCCACCAGGCCCUGCAGGCGGCCGCGGGGCCCCCCGGCCUGGAGGGCGAGACGCGGGAGCCGGAGAGCGCAGGCCCCGGGCCCGGGGAUGAGGCCGCGGAGACCCCCGGGCUGCCCCCGGGCCACAGCGGCACCCUCAUGAUGGCUUUCCGGGACGUCACGGUGCAGAUCGCCAACCAGAACAUCUCCGUGUCCUCCGCCACGGCUCUGUCCGUGGCCAACUGCCGGGGCGCCCAGACGGCCCAGGCCACAGCGGAGCCCGCGGCGGGCAAGGCCGAGCAGGGCGGGACCCCCGGACAGGAGGCCGCGGAAGCCCCCGCAGUGGGCCGGGGGGACGCGUCCGCGGAGGACUCAUGCACCGAGGCUGGGGCUGGGGGGGCGGUGGAUGAAGCCACAGCAGCCAAAGCAGAGGAGGAGGAGGAGGAGGAGGAGGAGGAGGAGGCGGCAGACGUGGGGAAAGGGGCCGAGGCUGAGGCAGGCGACUUGGAGCAGCUGAGCAGCAGCAGCACGUCCACCAAGUCCGCCAAGUCAGGCUCGGAGGUGUCGGCCUCCGCCUCCAAGGACGCCCUGCAGGCCAUGAUCCUGAGCCUGCCGCGCUACCACUGCGAGAACCCCGCCAGCUGCAAGUCGCCCACGCUCUCCACCGACACCCUGCGCAAGCGACUCUACCGCAUCGGCCUCAACCUGUUCAACAUAAACCCGGACAAGGGCAUCCAGUUCCUGAUCUCCCGCGGCUUCAUCCCUGACACCCCCAUUGGUGUGGCCCAUUUCCUCCUCCAGCGAAAGGGCCUCAGCCGCCAGAUGAUUGGAGAGUUCCUGGGCAACAGCAAGAAGCAGUUCAACCGCGAUGUGCUGGACUGCGUGGUGGACGAGAUGGACUUCUCCAGCAUGGAGCUGGACGAGGCCCUGCGCAAGUUCCAGGCACACAUCCGUGUACAAGGAGAGGCCCAGAAGGUGGAGCGGCUCAUUGAGGCCUUCAGCCAGCGCUACUGCAUGUGCAAUCCUGAAGUGGUGCAGCAGUUCCACAACCCCGACACCAUCUUCAUCCUUGCCUUCGCCAUCAUCCUCCUCAACACCGACAUGUAUAGCCCCAACAUCAAGCCUGACCGGAAGAUGAUGCUGGAGGACUUCAUCCGAAACCUUCGAGGUGUGGACGAUGGCGCUGACAUCCCCAGGGAGCUGGUGGUAGGCAUCUAUGAGAGGAUACAGCAGAAGGAGCUCAAGUCCAAUGAGGACCACGUCACGUACGUCACCAAGGUGGAGAAGUCCAUCGUGGGCAUGAAGACAGUGCUGUCGGUGCCCCACCGCCGCCUGGUGUGCUGCAGCCGGCUCUUUGAGGUGACGGAUGUGAACAAGGUGCAGAAGCAGGCGGCGCAUCAGAGGGAGGUGUUCCUCUUCAAUGACCUGUUGGUGAUUCUCAAACUUUGCCCGAAGAAGAAGAGCUCCUCCACGUACACCUUCUGCAAGUCAGUUGGUCUGCUAGGCAUGCAGUUCCACCUCUUUGAGAACGAGUAUUACUCUCAUGGCAUUACACUGGUGACACCGCUCUCGGGCUCCGAGAGGAAGCAGGUGCUGCAUUUCUGUGCCCUGGGCUCGGACGAGAUGCAAAAGUUCGUGGAGGACCUGAAGGAGUCCAUUGCUGAGGUGACAGAGCUGGAGCAGAUCCGGAUAGAGUGGGAGCUGGAGAAGCAGCAGGGAACAAAGACACUCUCCUUCAAGCCCAGCGGAGCCCAGGGGGAGCCACAGUCAAAGCAAGGAUCGCCGACAGCCAAAAGGGAGGCCGCGCUCAGGGAGAAGCCGGCGGAGAGCACGGUGGAGGUAUUAAUCAAUGCCUCCCCAGCCCGACUCACCAUUUUACCAAUUUCAAGAGAUACAAUUAAAAGUUACUGCUAGCAUGGGUAA